GUCUUGUUUCUUGCCGCCACUCUUGCAUUCAGGUUCUUCGUGGUUUCGUAGUAACCUCAACAAUCCCGUAUAAGUGGGCGCCUUCUGACAUUGAACCAACAAACUACUGCCGUUGUCGCUCAGGCAGCAUAUAUGCGCUGAAGAACACCACAGGCGCGAUUUCUGCUAGUUAUCUGACGUGUCCUUCAAGGCAACAGCGUUAAGCUGUAUCUGAGCGCGUCUGUCAGAGCGUAGAGCACAUCAGUUGGCCCGCAUACUGGUUGAAUGGCGGGGGCGUUCAGCGCACAUUUACUUGAGGCUCACGGAACAGCUCAGCGAUCAUUAAAGGGUCCCUUCGGACAACCCCUUCCUAUAAAUUCCAACAUCUCUGUAAACGGUCCGAUGUCGUUUGCUCCGCAAAUGCACGGUCUCCCCGGGCAAUCCUCGUUCUUCCAAGACUCUACAUUGGUCGACCUCAGCGACGAGACCGCCAAGCGAAUCGCUACGCUUCAAGCCAAACUCAACAAGAAACUCGGUCCGGAAUACGUAUCACAGAGACCUGGACCAAGCGGGGGUCCGAAACUCACGUAUGCUGAGGGGUGGAAGAUCAUCAAUCUUGCUAACGAAGUCUUCGGAUUCAAUGGGUGGAGCUCAAAUAUAGUUAGCUUAACGACCGACUUCAUCGAUCUCAACGAUCAAUCCCAGAGGUAUUCGGUAGGAGUCACCGCCGUUGUCAGAGUAACGUUGCGCGAUGGCGUCUUCCACGAGGACGUUGGGUACGGGUUGCUCGAGAAUUCGAAGAGCAAGGGUGCAGCCCUCGACAAGUGCAAGAAGGAAGCGGUGACGGAUGCCAUCAAGCGAUCUCUGCGCAACUUCGGUAACCUCCUCGGCAACUGUCUCUACGAUAAAUCAUACACGCAGGAAGUCGUGAAGAUGAAAGUCCCGCCACCAAAGUUUAACAAGGAUGAUCUCCACCGUCGGCCCGAGUUUGAAGAUUCGAAAGGCACUGCGGGGCCCAGUUCGACCACCUACAUGACUGCGCCGAGCAAGCCAGCCACAUCCAUCAAUAGCCCAGCUUCCCCCGUUGUGAAGAGCGAAACAACAUCUCGUAUGGAAGCCAUUCUCAACGCAUGUAACACGGCCGCCCAGCAAGGACAAACUGUGGCUCCCGCUGUGCCUUCACAUAUGCGCUCUGGAUCUGGCCAAACGGACCCUGUCGCGACGUCUACGCCCAACAUCAAAGCGAGGUCGUCCGCUGGUCCGAAUGCUGGUGGUCCGAAUGCAUCAUCAAGCGCCGCCGCACCUCGAACAGGGCCGACUGUACUCAGCAAUCCACCUCAACGCCCGCCAAACGAACCCGUCAGGGGGAACUCGCCCGCGCAGCCUCAAGAUCGCCAGUCGAAUCAAAGUUAUCCGGCGCCGCAGCCACAAGGCGAACGUCGGGUUUCGUUCGCGCCGCAACCCGCCGCGAGUACCUCUGGCUCCGUCAUUCCCUCUGCCGUUACUGCUCCCCCGCAAGCUGUCGUGAGCAACGAUGUGGACAUUCCUGAUGACACGUCGGAGUUUCAUUUCAACUCGGACGAUGACGCUUUCCUGGCGGAGGUUGAUCUGGGCGAGGAUGGCAUAGGUGGACCGCUCGACUUCGAUGAAGGGGCUGGUGGCGUCGAAGCGGACGAUGACACGAGGAACGAAGCCCACGAUCCACGACAACCAGGACGACCUCCACUGCAGGAAAGGCCACUCCCGCCACAACCCCAAGGGCAUCCUCAACGCUCUGCGGAUCCUCGAGCGGCGAACCCUGCGCAACCGCCGCAUGCUAUGUCUAGAUCUGGCCCCACAAGCUCCAGACACGAGAUAGCAAACCAGAACAAUUCUACUGUCCAUCAGACCUCAAAGGACGCCUCGUCCACAUUUAUCGCACAGUCACCGCCUACUAUGGGCGGGUUUCACUUUUCAACCACAACCUCGACGUCAAAUUCCCAUAACCAACAACGUCCAGGGCACGCCGCCCGACCCAACUACACCUCGUCCACCGGUGGGAGUGAAAUCGGUAUGAAGCGCAGCGCCGAUGUCAUGCAGGGAAAUGCCAGUGCUGGCGCGGCGUCGCGAAGACCGAUGCAGGGGAUGGGCCUUGCACCGCCUCCUGGUACAGGUGGCCGACCGGGUCCGCAAGGCGCCGGCGCGCAGGGGCAUAGGAGACAACCUUUCUCAGCGUUGGACGUUGGCGAAGGCGGGGACUUCAAACGGAUGAAACGUUAGACGGUGGGCUCGUUUUGUGGUUCUGUACAAUUCAGGAUGCCAUGCGCACAGCGCAUGUUCUCGGACAUGAGGUACGAAGAGAAUGCAUGGCAUGUAUAUUACGACAAUGUUUUCUUGCAUGCAACGGGAUCUUUGAC